AAAGACCAACACAUUAAAACAACAGAAUAUAUUAAGCAGCAGAGCCGUAUUUAUCUGUUGUCACAUAUAAAGAUAUAGUAGGGAGUCUAAGACCACGCCAAAAGGUCUAGAACCACAUUCUUUGCCUGCUAUAUAUACCGACUCCACAGCCAAAACCCUCGUCCUAAACCACCAAUCGCUACUUGGGUGUUGACAUAUCCAUAUAGUGCCCGCUCUGUUCCAGAAAGCGUCCAGCCAGCUCAACGUGUCCAGCCGUUGAAGCCAGUCCAGAAACGACGAACCGUUUUCACAUUCGGUCGAUUCAACAAAUUUUGUACGGUAGACCCAAAUACUGUGUGUGUUAAUCGGCUACACUUGCUCGAGACUACAAGGUGAUUCUCCUAAUCGUUGUAUAACCCGUGUGGAUCUCAGCUACGAGAGCUUUCCGUUUUCAUUAUCCUCAUCAUACCCAUAUCUCCAGGAUAGAUACCCAUAGCAUUCUUGUAGUCUUUGAAUCGCGUGAAAGCAGCUCUUGAACAAGUUCUCAGCCAUACCAAGCAUAUAUCGUACAAGUCAUAUCGAUAUCCCGUGUCAUACAUCGUAUUCAGACGAGUCGUAGUAUCAUUCCUUGUAUCAUAUUACAACAUAUUUCACAUUAGAUAACUAUCGUAUCACAGAUUUCAUACGCUCAGCAUGACCUCCUCCUUGACAGACGAAAACAUUCUAGAUCACAACUUCUUGGCCAAUCUUCAGCACGACGACCAGGACAUCCUUGACGAGUUCUUGGACCAGCGAGUAUACGAUUCCAUAGGAACAAACACCCCCGUGUCUGGUGCCAACGUCAAAUUGGAACAGACAGAUUUGUUGGACAACUCUCUUCUCACGAAUAACGCUAACGAUAUGAAUAACAUCAACAAUAUCAAUAAUGGCAAUACUACUGUCAAUAACAUGAAUAACAAUAACAAUCUCGAGAAUUCCAACGAGGACUACUUAUAUAUGGACCAAAUCAACUAUACUACUACCACCAACAACAGCAUGUUCACCAAUCAGGAAAACACAAACUCCUCUAAGAACGAUCACAGCCCCACAACGCAGCUAGCCGAAUAUGAAUUUCUUCGCGAUGAAGUGUCCAAGUUGAAGUUUGGAAACCAUUUCAUGAACCCUUGCCCUCCUACUGUGGAUGUUCCUGAUGCUUCGUAUCUUGAUUUUUCACCAGAAGCCAUGCUGAAGUUGCCAUAUACUCUUCAGCUUUUCAACUUGCCUCAUUAUUCACGUGUAGAAACCCAGAUUAAGUUGAAGUUCUCUUUGAGUCCACCACCUCCUCAUACUCUUUUGCAUAUUCCCCAAGACUUGCUUUCCAAGAACAAGUUCUGCCUCAACGAGUCGAUCAACGAUUUGAGUCCCAGAAUCAAGGAAAGCUUGUUAUAUUUAGAUGCAUAUGUGUUGACGUCAGACUUGAAGAGUUCGUGCAAUAUCUGCUCUAGAUGUAUCAAGAGGGAGCAGAAGAGGGCAUCGCGUAGAAAGGCCGGUUUCAAUCUGGACAUGGGUGAAAACGUCGAAGUUUCUACCACGUACAACAGCCCUGUUUCGUUAACAACAGCUGCUGGAGUUGUGAAAAACAACCCCAACUCGUGGGCUGACGACAAGAUGAUGAAGAAGGCUGUCAUUUUCAACUGUAAAGAGAUAGUUUCGUUUCCACCUCCAACGGGUUUGAUGAAUGAUUUGGACAAAUCGUUGGAGCUUUCGGCCAGAAUCAUCUGUUACUGUAGACACCACAAGGAAUCAGAAGGAUUCAAGCUCUUGUUUGUAGUGAAGAACCAAGAGGGUGUUGUUGUUGCCAAGCAUCUUUCUACUCCGAUAAUGAUAAUGGACAGAAAGAAAAACACGGCUUCCUCUCUGAUCAGAAAUGACGGCUCAGUUCCCAACUCUGUAGCUAACUCUUCGACAAACUUACAGGCUUUGAACGAUUCUUAUGAAUCCAGACCUCAGUUCAAGAAGAAGAAGAGUCACUCAGACAGCGAUGGAGAACAGAAGAGUUCAAUAAAUUCUCUUCAUCCAUUGUCACCUAACUCUAUAGACGAGUCCGCCUCUGAGCCUCAGACUAAUACCGAUACUAAUACGGAAGGUAGAGGGUUGAAGCGUAAGAAGUUAUCUAUAGACGAUUCUUUCAACAGCUCCACAAAUCCAAUGUUCAACGGUAGUGUGAAUGGAUUCUCUCCUUUGAGCAACAGUGACACGAAUACCUCUACAACGAAUCAUAACUUGAUGGUGAAAACGCAGACUCCUUCAAUUACUAAUGGAUUUGGUCUAUCUCCUUUAACUCAAGCACAGAACCAGCUGCAGUCAUCUCAACAGAAUUUGCCUUCUAUCCAGAGAAUCAUUCCUGCCCAGGGUCCUAUUCGUGGAGGUAUUGAAGUGACUUUAUUAGGUUUCAAUUUCCGCCCAGGUUUACAAGUGAAGUUUGGAGCCAACCAGGCUUUGGCUACACAUUGCUGGUCCGAAACUACAAUUGUUACUUAUCUCCCUCCAGCAGCACAGCCUGGACAAGUCUUGGUCAGUUUUGAAGAUCAGGAGAGUAUGAUGUUGGGAGGUCCUCAACAUCAGCAGAUAUUUACGUACACCGACGACACUGACAGACAGUUGAUUGAGUUGGCAUUACAGAUAGUUGGGUUGAAGAUGAAUGGUAAGUUGGAAGACGCCAAGAACAUCGCUAAGAGAAUUGUGGGAACCGACAACAACGCCAGUAACUACAGCACCAACGCUGCAAACUCACCUACUGGAACGACGCAAAACAUGAACCGUGCUAACAUUGAAUGGUUUGACAGUGCCCAUAAGGCUGUUCAGCAAUUAACGAAGUCCGAUUUGUCCACAGAGCAGAUCUUAAUCAGUUUCCUUUCUUUAGUAGAUUUGCCCAACUGUCCUAUUAUUAUUCCCAACUGGCAAUUGAGCAAUAAACAAGGACAGUCGUUGUUGCAUUUGGCUACGUUGAAGAAGUACACCCAUUUGAUCAAGUUCUUGAUUACGCAUGGAUGCAAGAUUGACUUGCAAGACAACCAGGGUAUUACACCUCUCUUCUUAGCCUCGAUGUGUGGCCACAGAGACUUGAUUAACAUCUUUGUGGACUGUAAAUCGAACUGGAACUUGAAGUUGUCCAACGACAAAUUCUUGAAAGACUACUGUGACUUGAACGUAUUGGAUAUCUUCAACAACUUGGAAGCUGAGCAUAGCGACGAGUUUGACAAUCUUGAAGAAGUCAAAGACGACGACAAAUUAAACAAGUCUAUCAGUUUGGAUUCAUUGAACUCUAUGUUCACCAUGAACUAUGGGCGCCAUGUUUCGAAAAUGGUAUUGCAGGAUGAGCCUGAAGCUAGUUCAAGUAUAGUUCGUGAAAACGAUAUCUACUCUGUUGGAAAGGAGUUGCUCUCUCCACCACAUUCACCACCUAUUGAAGAUACUAAUUCUGAGUUUGCAGAUUCUGAAUUUGAAUCAAAUGACGACGAAGACGAUUACAACGAUGUUGAAUAUGAAGAUGAUUACUACGACGAUGAAGAGGAAGACGAAGAAGAGACUCGCUCUAAUUACAGUUCUGACAACGACGGAGACAUAGAUGAUAACGAGUCGUUGACAUCUAACUCUACAAUUGUUCCUGGGUCGAGCGAUGAUACUACAGUUACGUCUACUCCUCCCGGGUUGUGGCAGAAGGUCAAAAAUGUCUUUAAUAAUGACGAAGAAGAAAACUUGCCAUCAUACGAUGACUUAUUCCCAUUUGGCCCUUCAUCUUUCAGCUCAAAGCCUAAGACUCAGAUUGAAAGAAGUCUCAAUGGUACAACUUCCAGUGCAGUAGGAUCUUCUAGCAAGGUUAGUGGUGUAGAUUCUGAUCAGCAGGAUGAUGCUGGUAUCUCUUCUGAUUCUUCCGAAGAUAUUGUGAUUUCGUAUAUCAAUCAUCCUCGUAAGACAGUUGAAAAUGAUAAGAUGUUGUUAUUCUUCUGGUUCCCCGUUUUGGUAGGCAUUGUUGGGUUGUUCUUCAUGAUCAGCGUAAUGGGCUACAGAUUCGAAACCAUCGAGAACAUCAAGUUGAUUAUCAGAACAACUGUAGGCCAAUGGAUGGUAGGAAACGAAAGAAUCGGCAGAGUUUUCAGAAACAAUGGAGAAAGCGUAGUCCAAGCCACUGGGCGACUCCUCAAUGUCUAAUUAGAGAAACGAAGAUGAUGAAUCUGUAGUGAUUGGGAUAUUUGAUUUUGUUAUCUAUUGCAAUUUCUAUGUUAUUGGGAUAUAACCGGUUUUGUUUUUGAUUGAUAAUUUUUGUUUAUUUCUGAGUGCUUGCAUUCGCCUAAUUAAUUAUUUAGCUUUACAUUUAGAAUACUAUAGUUCAAUUUUGG